ACUCGGUCCGCCAAUGAUGACGUAACAACAGUGCACGGGAACAGCCUCAGAUGUUCGUUUCGGCGACAGCAAUCCUCAAAAGUCACACAUUUUUAUGAACAAUUUUAUUGGGAAUUUUUCUCUAAAAUUACUGCAAGCCAAGGAGCAGUAAACAGGAAGUUCGUCUAUCGAAAGAGGAGUGAACGUCCAAUGAAAAGGUGUUGCCGGUUAGAGUCGUGAGUGUGCUUGUGGUGAGGUCUAUAGUGGUGACGAAAAUGACACGAUCGCAGUUGAACUCUGAAAACAGCGUGCCGGUUGCUACUCAAGAUAGCACAUUCAAGUGUGAAACGCUCUGAGUGACCACUGCGGAGAGCCAGCCAGCGGUGAUGUCCCCCACAUCAAUGAAGCUGCGUGUUCGCCGUUCUGACACCAGAAAUGACACCAACAAUGGUGGCGCAGGAGGGCAGCAGCAGGAAGAGGUAAGGAGCCGAGCAAGCGGCAGUGGAAGUCGCAGGGCGAAGAAGACAAAAAACGCCAGGAGCAGGCAGACCACCACGUCUUCUCCUCCCGCCACCUCCUCCUCUUCAGUAUCGGCCCGUGCCGCUCUGGCCUCAGAGGAUGCUUCGCCUGACUCCAAGUGUCCCAUCUGUCUGGACCGCUUCAACAACAUGGCUUACUUGGACCGCUGCCUCCACCGCUUUUGCUUCCCAUGUAUCCAGGAGUGGUCGCACAACAAGGCAGAGUGUCCGCUUUGCAAGCAGCCCUUCAAGUCCAUCUUGCACUCGGUGCGUGCACAUGAUGACUUUAAGGAGUACACUUUGCGGCCCGCCCCCCCGAGCAGUAGUGUCGCGGCCACAGUGGCUAUGGUAGCGGCUAUGGCAUCUGCGGCAAGAAACGACCAGCAGAUGAGGCUCCUGCUAAGGAGGCACAGAGUCGCUGAUGGCACGGAAACCACUGCCAGGAGGCGUAGAAGGGAGGAGGAACGUGGCGUUUGGGAGUGGUAUCUGGAUGUCCCACCUCUUUCUGUCCCUCCUCAUGAUGAAUACGCCGAUGACGAGCAACACCUUAGGGGUGCGGCCAACCUGGCGGAGCAUGGCGUCGUAUUUGAAGGCCUGGGGGGCCCCGGAGCGAGCGCGGCUCCAAACGACAGCGCAUCACGGCGGCUCAUGACCCGAUUGUCAGCAAGGUUACGUCUUCAGCAAGAAGGUGGGGUUCUGCGACGUCUUAGAGAACGGGAGGCAGUGGCCUUUCGCCGUGCCCUCUACCGCUGCAGUGUCCGUGUACAUGGCGUAGCUGGUGUGAGUGAGACCGAAGCGCAGCGUGAUAUCACGGUCGAUGGCUUCCGACGGGACCCCACCCAACUGAACAGACUUCGUCCCUGGCUGCGCCGGGAGCUCACAGUGCUGUACGGUGCGCAGGGCUCACUCUUAAACAUCGUACAGAGCUUUAUCAUAGCAAGACUGGCUCGACACGGCCUGGAAGACACGCCCACUAUCGAGGAAGAUUUGCGGCCAUUCCUGUUGGCCCGAACAGAGCACUUUCUCCACGAGUUGGUCAGUUUUGCCCGUUCGCCACUCACAAUGGACAACUACGACCUGCAGGCUGUGUACGAGCCGCUGCCCAAUGCCAUGGAGCUGGACGCCUCGAACGGUGACUCCGCCAACAGCUCCGUCAUUGCUAUCUCCGAAGGGGAGGAAGCAGAAGAGGAGGAGCAUCGCAAUAACGUCAUGCCAGAUGGAAGUUCACUCAGCCUCUCAGCCUGGGACGACGAGACGCCGGGCCCUUCUUACUCCACUUCAGAGGCCUUAAGCCCCGCCCCACCGGAAGCAGUCAAUGAGGAGGGCGAGUGCAUGAUCGUAGGAUACAAAAAGCCAAUGGCCGAGCGCACACCUGAACUCGUACAGCUGUCAUCUGACACAGAAGGGGAGGAGCUCCAAAAGACAGCGCCCCUCUCCACAUUACCUCCAAUCCCUACCUCCAUCUCGACCGCUAUAAAGGCAAAAGACACAGAGGGCGGCAAGGCUUGUUUCUCUGGCUCAGGCAGCUCGCUAUGCACGAUCAGUCCGCCUCUUCCCGAAGCCAACAGCACCAGGAGGAGGAGAAAAAGGAAAGGGCGGGGUCUAAGCGGUAUCUCGGCCAAUCCCAAUCGCUGCAUUUAUCCUGCAAUGAUGUGCUCACCUAUGCGCUCAAGCAUUGAGUCCAUCUCACCGCUCCUUGUCAGCCCGACAGACUCCGCCUCCGAAUACUGCUCAUCUCGGGACUCCCGUCUCACCACUUCUUCCUCCUCCCCCUCGUCCUCCUCGUCCUCGCUCUGCUCCUCCCCACCACCGUCAUUGCCUCACACGCCGGCAUGCACACGCGAAGAGAAGCCUGGCGGGAAGAGAAAGUACAAGAGCCGACACCUUGACCGCCACACAGACCCCAGUUGGAGGCCGCGAGGGAGGAAGAGCAAAAGGAGGAUGCGUGGCAGAUCAGAUAUGAGCAGCAGACGCAGUCCCAGCGUGGAGAUUGUCUACGAAGGCGCUGCCUCCUCAGUUUCCGCCCGUAAACGCCACCACAAGACGCAGCAGCACAGCAGGCCGCCGCCCAUCAUCACGCUGGACAGCGAUAGCAGUCCGCCAAGCAGCCAACAUGGCGACGACUUGGGUCAUCUUCCACCUCUCUCAUUGGUGCGCAUGGCCAGUGUGGGCGUGGCCGCAGCUGUUGACAUUGGGGAACUUCCUGUAGAUAUCCUAGAUGGGGGAUCAGACCGGUCUGAGGCGGAGCCAGCUUUUCACAAAGGUAAUAGCGGUGAGCGCCAUUCGCUCAGUAACAAUGGGCGUGGCGAAGAAGGACAACCCAUUGCUGACACACAAGGACUAAUCAGGGAGCUUGUUUCAAAACAAACAGAAACGGCCUUUUGCAACAUCACAGAUGACCUCUCCAUGACCUCAUCUGAUGCCUUCAGGAGUCACAACAAGGAGAGGCCACCGUCGCUUAAUUUCCCAGACCCCACCUCCUUUUCCUCACCACCCCCUCUGAGACGCGCCCCUCCCAGCAAGGAUGCAGCGCCCCGUCUUGUCGAGACAGAGGACGAUGUGUCCGUCCACUUCUCUACUGACCUUUCAGUCCCCACUGUAAGUAUGACAGAUGUAUUCUCACAUCUUGACUACCUGCAUGAAGGUCGCGGGGUUCCCCAUGGCGGUGACCUUGAGUCCUCCAGUGCAGGUCCGGUUGACAGCACAGCUGCAGGAAGUGACCACAGCGUCUCACCUGCUCCCCCCUCCCUCUUCGACUCCCGCUGCUUCUCAUCACCCAGCUCCUCCAUGACCCCGCCCACCUCGUCAGCUGCCUGUCAUGUCAGUACAACAUGUGACCUCUGACCCUGUUGUCAUCACGUCAUUUAGACAGGUCGUGGAGCCCCGUCUCUGUUGCCCGCUGACUGUUCGUUGACCAUCAACUGGGUGCCCCGCCUCCCUGACUUAUGUCUUUCAUAAGUCAGUGUUUCCCCUAGGCCAUUGGGGGUCAAAGUGCAGCCUGGGUGCCAUUUGUGACCUUAAAUUAUUUUUUAUUGGUUCUCAAAACAUUGUGAAAAUAUAAUUCAACAAAAAAAACAGCAAAACUUUUAAAAAUGCAGGAAAAAACUGAAAUAUGAUAUUAACUAAUAAUAACACAAAAGUUUGUCUUAAACAUAUUUGGCAUUUCCUUUUUACCAAAUAAAAAUGAAAUUGGCCCCCUGUAUUCUUAGAUUUUUUUAUGCGACCCUCAGUGAGAAAAGGUUUGGACACCUUAUUCCUAGACCAGGGAUCAUCAAUGCAGCCAGUUAGCAACAUCUGGCCAGCCAGAACUUUCCAUUCAGGCCUCCUGACCAAAAUUCCUGAAUUCGAAAUAGGCUAUCAGGUUACAAAAAUAACAAUGUUUGGUUUUCUUAAUCAUACAAUGACUGUGAAGGCUAUUUAGAAAUAUACUUUUGGCAUGUGCGGCACUAAAUCUAUUGCUGAUUGGUCACUUUAUAGUGAAAAUCCGAGACCGCCCCACAUUAGUGCUUCAAACAGCAGUGUGAUAGUUAUGGUGCUUAUUGAGAAAAGUAAUGUACAGAUAAAUGUGUGUCAUGUAUUUCAUUCUGAAAAAAAAUUUUGAUGCAAAAAUGUUUGCUUUUUCAUGAGCUGAAUUCAAAUAUCUACAACUUGCUAUGUACACAAAAUAAUUGUCUCAAAUAUGGUGUACCCUGCCUUCCGCCCGAAUGCAGCUGAGAUAGGCGCAAGCACCCCCCGCGACCCCAAAAGGGACAAGCGGUAGAAAAUGGAUGGAUUGUUGACAUCUUUCUAAAACAGGGUGAGUGAGCACUUUUUCUUAGCUGAAAUAAUCAAUCCAGCUCAGAGUUGUCAGAUGCUGACGUGACGUGUGCUUAAGUUUGCGCUGAUGAAUGUGCAGUAUUGUCACACAGCAUGAGUGUUGAGGAGGCGUGUAAUAGGCAUGCUGAUUGAGCUGUUGCUCUUCAGAGGAUUUUUAGAGAGUUGUGCUGUACAUCCAAUAUGUAACCACACAAGCGCAGCACCUCCACAUCCAGCAUCUUCAUCGCCAACAAUUGGUUUGUAUAACCAAAGAAUUGCUGCAUAAACUGCCAGAAAGCGUCUCAGGGAAGCCUAUGUUUUUUGCCGGCGCAACAAGUGGUGGCUCUUUCGUGACUUCUGCGUUGCUUUUUGGUGCUUUUUUGUGAACUAUUGGAUCAGCCUCCAGGGAGCCUUUUGGCCAUGGCCAUGUUUGCACUGUAGACCAGCUGCUGGCUCUCUGCCACACCAGAGUCCGUGUGGAGAGACCGGAAGAAGAGACAGAAAUGCAGAGUUAGCGUAGAGCACCGGGAUGAACAAGCCUCACACAGCUGAACGAGCUUGCAUCGGACUCUUUGGUCUCCCAGAGUCAACUCCCUUGGUUGCUUUGUUGGGUCCGUUCCUGUCUCUGGCCGUGCGGACCCCCCACCCCAGCAGAGGAUGGCAUGGAACACCGCAGAGGCCACAGCCGUAUAUGUGGGUGUUGAAAUGGUGUUUUUGUUUUGUUGUUUGUAUGCAUGGUGCAAUCUUAUGUGCACAAUAUGUAUUAUUUAUUGCAAUUUUUUUGGUUUUUUUGUUGUUUUACUUUUGUAGCUGUAUGUAGAGCUGGUAACGCUGAAGUGGCAGCUGGUUGCAGCAGCUCUGUGUUCUUUUAAUAUGUCCUUUGUGUUCUUUAAUGUUUCCCUCUUGUUUUCAUGUUUUACCUUGUUUGUGUAUAUGCACUGCAACCACAUCAUUUCCCCACUACGGGAUAAAUAAAGUAUACCUUAUCCUAUCUGGCACUUUGGAGAAAAGGUUUUCCUGGUUUUCACUGUUCAGAGCAUUGUGUGGGGCACAGAAGCGCUAUGCUGAUGUCAACGUUGUGGAUCGAGAGGGCUGUGGUGGCAGUGGGGUUACGGUAUGGGCACGUGUACGUUAUGGACAACGAAAACGAGUGAAUUUUAUGGAAGGCAUUUUGAAUGCACAGAUACACUAUAUUGCCAAAUAAUUUUGGCGACCCAUCCAAAUGAUGAGAAUCAGGUGUCCUAAUCACUUGGCCUGGCCAUAGGUGUGUAAAAUCAAGCACUUAGGCAUGGAGACUGUUUCUACAAACAUUUGUGAAAGAAUGGGCCGCUCUCAGGAGCUCAGUGAUUUCCAGCGUGGAACUGUCAUAGGAUACCACUUGUGCAGCAAAUCCAAUCGUGAAAUUUCCUCGCUCCUAAAUAUUCCAAAGUCAACUGUCGGCUUUAUUAUAAGAAAAUGGGAACAACAGCAACGAAAUGGUAUGCCACAUAAACU